UCUGAGGCGGGAAUUCCUGAGCACUGAAUGAGUUGCAGUGUCUUCAGCUGCAGUGGAAGCCGCCCAGAAGAGAGAGAGAGAAAAAAAAAAAAAAUGAGAACCAGCUGCAGGGGCCCUUUAAAUGCCCAGGCCCCACCCCCGAGUCGGCCCUGCCCUGCCCUGCCGGGAAGGGUUCCCUAGGGCCCGGUGAAGGAGUUCCCGAUCUGAGGAGUCUGUUGCAGCCAGCCACACUUCUGGAUGAAUCACCAUGGCAACUGAGGAGUCCAUCAUCCGUAUCCCACCAUACAACUACAUCCAUGUGCUGGACCAGAACAGCAACGUGUCCCGUGUGGAGGUUGGGCCAAAGACUUACAUCCGGCAGGACAAUGAGAGGAUCCUGUUUGCCCCCUUGCGCAUGGUGACUAUCCCUCCACGGCAUUACUGCACGGUGGCCAACCCGGUGUCCCGGGAUGGCCAGGGCUCAGUGCUAUUCGACAUCACAGGGCAAGUACGGCUCCGCCAUGCUGACCUAGAGAUCCGGCUGGCCCAGGACCCCUUCCCCCUGUACCCAGGGGAGGUGCUGGAAAAGGACAUCACCCCACUGCAGGUGGUUCUGCCCAACACUGCCCUCCAUCUUAAGGCGCUGCUGGAUUUUGAGGAUAAGAAUGGAGACAAGGUGGUGGCAGGAGAUGAGUGGCUAUUUGAAGGACCUGGCACGUAUAUCCCCCAGAAGGAGGUGGAGGUCGUGGAGAUCAUUCAGGCCACUAUCAUCAGGCAGAACCAGGCCCUGCGGCUGAGGGCCCGCAAGGAGUGCUGGGACCGGGAGGGCAAGGAGAGAGUGACAGGAGAAGAAUGGCUGGUCCGCUCCGUGGGUGCGUACCUCCCAGCAGUGUUUGAGGAGGUUCUGGACUUGGUGGAUGCUGUGAUCCUUACGGAAAAGACAGCCCUGCACCUCCGGGCUCGGCAGAACUUCCGAGACUUGAGAGGAGUGUCCCGCCGCACUGGGGAGGAAUGGCUGGUGACUGUGCAGGACACGGAGGCCCAUGUGCCAGAUGUCUACGAGGAGGUGCUGGGGGUCGUGUCCAUCACCACCCUGGGCCCCCACAACUACUGUGUGAUUCUCGAUCCGGUUGGACCGGAUGGCAAGAAUCAGCUGGGCCAGAAGCGUGUGGUCAAGGGAGAGAAGUCUUUUUUCCUCCAGCCAGGAGAGAAGCUGGAACGAGGCAUCCAGAAUGUAUACGUGCUGUCGGAGCAGCAGGGGCUGCUGCUCAGGGCCCUGCAGCCCCUGGAGGAGGGGGAAGAUGAGGAUAAGGUCUCCCACCAGGCCGGGGACCGCUGGCUCAUCCGCGGACCCCUGGAGUAUGUGCCAUCUGCCAAGGUGGAGGUGGUGGAAGAGCGUCAGGCCAUCCCUCUGGAUGAGAACGAGGGCAUCUACGUGCAGGAUGUCAAGACCGGAAGGGUGCGUGCUGUGAUUGGAAGCACCUACAUGCUGACCCAAGAUGAAGUCUUGUGGGAGAAGGAGCUGCCUCCGGGGGUGGAAGAGCUGCUGAACAAGGGGCAGGACCCUCUGGCUGACAGGGGUCAGAAGGAGAUGGCCAAGACCCUUCAGCCCUCCGCUCCCCGGAAUAAGACCCGUGUGGUCAGCUACCGAGUCCCUCACAACGCUGCCGUGCAGGUGUAUGACUACCGGGCAAAGAAGGCUCGUGUGGUCUUCGGGCCAGAGCUGGUGUCGCUGGGUCCCGAGGAGCAGUUCACGGUGUUGUCCCUCUCCGCCGGGCGACCCAAGCGUCCCCAUGCCCGCCGCGCACUCUGCCUGCUGUUGGGACCUGACUUCUUCACCGAUGUCAUCACCAUUGAAACCGCGGACCACGCCAGGCUCCAGCUGCAGCUUGCCUACAACUGGCAUUUUGAGCUGAGUGACCGGAAUGACCCCCAAGAGGCGGCCAAGCUCUUCUCAGUGCCCGACUUCGUGGGUGAUGCCUGCAAGGCCAUUGCAUCCCAGGUGCGGGGGGCUGUAGCCUCUGUCACUUUUGAUGACUUCCAUAAGAAUUCAGCCCGCAUCAUUCGCACUGCUGUCUUUGGCUUUGAGACCCUUGAAAUCAAGGGGUCCGACAGCACGGCCCUGCCCAAGCCCCGGGACCGGGCCGUCUUCCCCCAAAAUGGACUGGUGGUCAGCAGUGUGGAUGUGCAAUCAGUGGAGCCCGUGGACCAGAGGACCCGGGAUGCCCUGCAGCGCAGCGUCCAGCUGGCCAUUGAGAUCACCACCAACUCUCAGGAGGCCGCUGCCAAGCAUGAGGCUCAGAGACUAGAACAAGAAGCCCGUGGCCGGCUUGAGAGGCAGAAGAUCUUAGACCAAUCAGAGGCUGAAAAAGCUCGCAGGGAACUCUUGGAGCUGGAGGCUCUGAGCACCGCGGUGGAGAGCACCGGGACCGCCAAGGCGGAGGCCGAGUCCCGCGCAGAGGCAGCGCGCAUCGAGGGAGAAGGCUCCGUGCUGCAGGCCAAGCUGAAGGCAGAGGCCUUGGCCAUUGAGACGGAGGCUGAACUGCAGCGAGUAAAGAAAGUGCGAGAGCUAGAGCUGGUCUAUGCCCGGGCCCAGCUGGAGCUGGAGGUGAGCAAGGCCCAGCAGCUGGCCGAGGUGGAGGUGAAGAAGUUCAGGCAGAUGACAGAGGCGCUGGGCCCCAGCACCAUCAGGGACCUCGCUGUGGCAGGGCCAGAGAUGCAGGUAAAACUGCUCCAGAGCCUGGGCCUGAAAUCAACACUCAUCACCGAUGGCUCCACUCCCAUCAACCUCUUUAACACAGCUUUGGGUCUGCUGGGGCUCGGGUCUGAGGCCCAGUCCCCAGCCAGGAAGGUGGCCGGGGGUCCCAGCCCCCAAGGGGGCCUACUUACCCAGUCCACUGCUAUCCCUCAAGCUCUUGGAGGCAACCAGGUUGUGCCUUAGCUCCGUACCUCACUGACAAAUAAAACUGACACUUCUGGGCAUUU